AGGUGGCAGGGGAAGGAGUCGAGGAGGCGACCACAGGGAUAGGGCCCGCUCGCGAUUGGCUGAACUGCGGAGGAGGGUUAAGCAGAUGCCGCCUCGCAGGCUGGUGGGAAGCUGCAGCCGCGCUCAGCCCCUCGGCCAUGGUCUUCACUGAGACUUGGUCGGGGAGCGAGUGCGCAGAGCCUGGGAGGAUGCAGCGCCCACUGUGGCCUGGGAGCUCCAGGGGCCUCCGGCUGCUUGUUUGCUUCCUGCUGCUAGGGGGCUGCAGCGACAUUAGUGCCCACGACGGUCAGGACCAAGUAGGAAUGGGGCAACUUUGGCCCCUCCAAGGAUUUGCCAUCCCAGUCUUCCAGCAUUUACAAGUUGUGCUCCAGCAGAUUAUACCCCGAGGUCUUUUCUGGAAGGAUGACAUCACCCAGGAUGUAAUGACCCAAAAGAUGGAGCAUGUCAGCAGACUGCAUCCCCAAGAUCCAUGCCUGAAGGAUGGGAAAGCAGUUUUUCCCACUAAAACCACUGGGAGCCUCUUGGCCAAGUUGAACAGGGAUCGGUGCUUUACCUCCAAAGUGAUUUCCAAGGCCCUGAAACAAGAGGUGUCCAACCCUACUACCUCUACCUAUAGGCAUUCCUAUGGGGUGGACAUGAUGCAGGCACUGAGAGUCUCUAAGGAAGAAAUUAUCUAUAAGAUCAUGCUUAGGUAUUGAGUUUAAAAUAGGCAUUGAAACUGCAGAGUUUUCAAAAUUAGAUAAAAGGUCCUCCUUUUUGCCAUAUAUGCCCUCAUAUAUAGCAAGUGAUAGCAACACUCCCUCGAUGAAUGGGAAGUACAGCUCAGAGGCUGUCACAUUCAGCCUCCCUCUUGCUCUACUCUGUGGCCUGGGCAAGUCACCCAGUCAAGGCUCUGAGACAUCUGUGGGGAUCGCCCCUGCGAGAGGCUAACAACUUGGCAUCUGCUGUUAGGUGAGCUUGAUUCCUUACACACUUUUCCCUGGAGGCUGUCAAGCUAUGGGGAAGAAAAAUUGGGAGAAGAAUGACUAAACAGAACACUAUUUUCAGCCUUCUUGGUUGAUGAAAUAACGGCUGGGUGAAUGCUGAAGUGAUUCAACUGGGUAUUGUGUUCCCCUUUCUGGCUUCUAAUCUUAACCAGUUCUAUGACUUUGUUUACCAGGCAUUGUUUCAGCCUGGUGACCUCCCCUGCAGCCCUUGCCUUUUGCAGAUGCAUGAUUUACUGCUGAGCUUGUGAUUUCUGGAUAAUUGAAGAUUGUUGUCCGAGUUACUGGUUGUUCUGAUAAUAUUGAUAAUCAGCAUCACCUACUUCCCCCUUGACCUUUUAAAUCAGUAUCUGUUCCUUUUACUAGUUCCCCAGAAUUGUUUUCUGUUUCUUUUGUUAUUUAAGAAAUGCUUUGAUCUGACUUAAACAACAUUAAGUAGAAAAGUAUAUAAUGGAACCUACUGCACAAAUAAAAUUGCUGUUUGGGCACAGCCUAAUCAGUCCUCCAGA